CAGAGGGGGCGCUUCCCCUUCGCCAAGUGCCCUGAACUCAAGGCUACGGCGUUGCUCCUUCCGUACCAGGCACCCGGCGUGGGAGCUGGUGGCAUGGCUUCGGGGCCUUCCACUCCGCAUGAUGGCAGCUGUACUCCCUUGUCACGGAACUAGCCCCAGCCCUGUCGGCACUGGGUGUUCGAGACGUGUUCAGUGAUCGGGCCCUGCUUUGGGGCUCGAAGGCGGGCGAGAAACGCGUGUCGAUGAUUCGCCAUGCCGCCGCCUUCGAGACGGCAAGGACUGGAGGCCGCAGCCACUCGCACUCGACGAUGCAGGUGGGCCAGCUUGGCACGGCGCUCGUACAAGGACUUACCUCCCUUGUAAAGACCCCCCAGCACGGAGAUGAGUUCGUCGUGAACCGGCCAUUUCUCUUCUUUCUAAUCUGCACCAACCCGGACACUCUGAUACUGCUUGGGUUGCCUCACACGAUCACGUCCGAAUCCCAGAAGUGCGUGUUACGGGGCACGCUGCAGCUGGGCAUCGACAUGCUGCGGGAACUCCGUCACACCUCUCCAGCGAGCGCCCUCGAAGAGCUGCUCGUCGGAUCCCGAGGAAGCACCGCCUUACAAAUCUCCGCAGCACUUCAUAUUCCCAUGGAAUCCAGGGUGAGCGCUUACUUCGACAGGUGCGACCGCGAAAUCCCCAACCGGCGUCGGUCCGACCUGCCACGCUGCUUCGACAUGGGCUACCUGAACAACGUGCACCACGAGCAGACGCUGGUCGCCAUGGACGCCGAGGCGCACUACGGCGACCGUCUGCGUCUGGAGCGCUUCAGCUGGGUCUUCGUCAACGCCACCGAAGAAAGUCGCGAGGGAAUCGACAACUACGCGCGUCUCUACGCCAACCCUUUUGAGCCGAGUGACAUCCUGCCAAAGGGCUGCAUCACCCCGUCCUCGCUGGAGUGCAUGGUGAGCGUGGUAAACUUCCGAGGCUCGUGGAAGCAGGCGUUUGAUGACUCCACCGUAACGGGAGACAUAUUCCACGAGUUGGACGGCAGCGUCACCUCUGUAGUGAUGGUGCACCAGACCGGGCGCUUCCGGGUUGCCAUGUGUGCCGACCUGAGCGCCACGGCGAUCGAGCUGCCUUACGAGCUGGUGUGGCGGAGUCAAGGAUUGUCGUCUCGUGCGUCAAUCUCCGGCCUAAACACGCUUAGAACUGCAUCAGUUACACCGGCCACCGAGCGGACAUGCCCGGGCCCCGAGUUCUCGCUGGUUGUGAUGCUUCCCGACGACAAGGACGGGCUCACGUCUCUGGAGGAGAAGCUGAGCGCGCUGACUGCGCUGCGCUGCUUCAGUAAUCUCAAGCAGCGGGGUCAAGUACAGGUCAGCCUGUACUUUAAGGUGAAGCAGGUGAUAGAUCUGGCUCCGGUGAUGUCCGCUCUUGGUGUUCGCGACGUGUUCACCGAUUCCGCCGAGCUCUGGGGCUCAAAGCGGGGCGACAAGCGGGUGACGCUGAUGCGCCACGCGGCCGCCUUCGAGACGGCGCGCUCGGGUGGCCGUCGCAGCUCGCGCACGAAGCAGCCCCAGAGUCGCGUGGCCCGCCUGGCGCGUGCCCUCGGAGCCCUGUUGUUGUUCCCGCGCUUGCGCCCCCGCGUGUUCAGCGUGGACCGCCCCUUUGUAUUCUUCGUCACGUGCUCUCGCCCGGACGCGGUCAUGCUGCUCGGUUCCGUGCGCAAGAUAUCCCGCUGACGAUCGGCGUCGAACUCGGAACACAUAUGCACCAUUGCGCAUGGUUACUCAAAGGGGCGGCCAUAUUUUUGGAAUAAGUGUGUUCUAGUAUUCACUGAUACUGUACAGUUAUUUUUAGUUUAUGUUACCGAAUACAUAUUGCUGCCUUUCCUAAAAAAAAAAGAAAACCGUCCCAUGCCUUGAUAGGCGCGACUGACCCCCGUAUGCAGAAAUGCAACUUAAGUCGAAGCACAUGCUUGACUUGAUUUAGAUGACGCCUGGCGUUAACGUGCCCAAAGACGCUCACUGCGUUUCCUUCGGCGCGUUCCCGAUAGGCGUCACUCGGAUCAAGUCAAGCAUGGGCUUCAACUUAAGUUGCAUUUCUGCAUACGGGGGUGAGUCAGUAAUGUAUAUUAGCAGUGCUUAGAAGGGUAACCUUAUUUUGGAUAGUCCUGACUGUGACAUAUAUACUAAAUCACGUGAUUCAACAUACGUUAGCUUUCUUUGAAAUCGGUUGCGAAAAAUAAAGCUUGCGUUAACUACUGCGAGAUUUUG